AUGGCGGACAAGAAGAAGUGUUCGCACAGAUGUUGUGCCGCCGCUUUGUGCAAUAAUCGCACCGACAAUAGGCAAGACCUCACUUUUCAUGCCUUUCCUAAGGAUACAAUUCGCAGAAAAGAAUGGGCGUGGAAAAUGAAGCGAGAUGAUGAACAAUUUGCUUGGAAUAGCUCACUGUUUUGUUGCGAAGAACAUUUCAAGCCAGACGACUACCGAAAAAGUUUAACUGGACUACGGAAUGACUUGAAAUCAACGGCUGUACCAUCAGUGUUUCCUUGGACAAUUGAUAAACAAUGUACAGAUUCGGACAGAUCUCAGAGACUGGAAAGACGAAAUAUAGACAAAGUAAAGAAUAGUACUGAACUUAUUAGUAGCAAUACGAAUGUGAAUGAAACCGAGGAUAUAAGCUGUUCUUCUAAACAAGAAAUUCCUAAUUCCGAAACUCCAACGAUCGAUGAACUUUGUGCACGUGUGAAACAAUUGGAAAUGCAGCUAGAACUACCGAAAUUUGGUCUAGCGAGAUUUUGUGGAAGCGAUGAUGAUAUAUAUUUCUAUACAGGAUUCCCAAAAUAYGAGAUUCUUAUGGCAUUUUUGGAG